AUGUCAGCUCCCCAGCUGCACUCACGGCUCAGCAGCAUCGCUUCCCAACUCACCAACAAGCACAUCAGAUCCAACCCGUACCAAACCAACCUGCUUCGGGACGGUGUGCGGAGGUACCUGCAGCUGCCGGCAGACCAGACAGUAUUGAUACUGCACGCCAAAGUCGCACAGAAGUCGUACGGCAAUGAAAAAAGGUUUUUCUGCCCCCCGCCUUGCGUUUACCUGAGCGGGCCGGGAUGGAAGUUAAAACAGGAGCAGAUAAAAGCCAGAGACCUGGGAGAGGCGGGUUUUCGGGUGUGCGGGUACAUGGGGCUGGACAGCAUGGGCAGCAACCUGAUGGAGACCCAGAAGCUCAGCUUUGAGGAGCAGCCGGAUGCAAAGGGUUUCAGCUGUGCCAAGGCACUGUACAUCUCGGAUGCGGACAAGCGCAAGCAUUUCCGCCUGGUCCUGAAGCUCUUCUUCAGCAACGGGCAGGAGAUUGGCACCUUCCACAGCAAGCUGAUCAAGGUCAUCUCCAAGCCCUCGCAGAAGAAGCAGUCACUGAAGAACACGGACCUCUGCAUCUCCUCGGGCUCCAAAGUCUCCCUCUUCAACCGCCUGCGCUCCCAGACCGUCAGCACCCGUUACCUCUCCGUUGAGGGGGGAGCCUUCUUCGCCAGCGCCAGGCAGUGGGCAGCCUUCACCCUCCACCUGGCCGAUGAGCACUGUGCUCGGAGCGAGUUCCCCCCGCGGGAAGGGUAUAUCCACUAUGGCUCCGUGGUCCAGCUCGUCUGCACGGCCACCGGCAUCACCCUGCCUCCCCUGAUCAUCCGGAAGGUGACGAAGCAGUAUGCCCUGCUGGACGUGGACGAGCCCAUCUCCCAGCUCCACAAAUGCGCCUUCCAGUUCCAGGGCAGCGACCGCAUGUACCUCUGUCUCUCCACGGAGAAAGUGAUCCAGUUCCAGGCAUCUCCCUGCCCGAAGGAAGCCAACCGGGAGCUGCUGAACGACGGCUCCUGCUGGACCAUCAUCGGCACCGAGACGGUGGAGUACACCUUCAGUGAGAGCCUGGCCUGCGUCUGCGAGCCCGUCAGCCCCGUGCCGCUCAUCACUGCCCUGCAGCUCACAGGCGGCGGGGACGUGGCCAUGCUGGAGGUGCAGGGAGAGUAUUUCCAUGCACACCUCAAGGUCUGGUUCGGAGAUGUGGAAGCAGAGACUAUGUACAGGAGCCCCAAGUCCCUCAUGUGCGUCGUCCCUGAUGUCUCUGCCUUCGGCAGUGACUGGAGGUGGCUGCGAUACCCCAUCACGGUCCCACUCCUGCUGAUCAGGGAUGAUGGCCUCAUCUACUCCAGCUCAUUCACAUUCACCUACACCCCGGAGCAGAGCUUCAUCCCAGGGCAGCAGGUCCUUUCGGACGUCCCCCAGGACUCGGACAAAUUACUUGACAGCAUCCAUCAAGAGUUCACCAGGACCAACUUCCACCUCUUCAUGCAGAGCUAG